GCUUUAGUUUCUUUGAAUUAUAUUACAUAUAAUAUUUAAAAGCCCAUGUGGAAAUUUUAUGUUUUAUUCAUUUUUUUGUCAAGUCUGGUUUUGAUUAUUUACAACUUUUUCUAAGCUUUGGAAAAAUACAAAAACCUUCUUCUUUGCUUUCUUUAGUUUCUUGUUUAUCUAUUUAAUAUUUCUGGGUUAUUUACCAGGCAAAUUUCCUUUAAGGAUCAUAGUUCCUUUCUUGGUCUUUUGGUCGUCAACUAGGUUAUCUUGUAUAUUUGCAGUAAUGGAAAAAAUUCCCUCUGGCGCUUGUAAAACUCUUCAUCUGGUAAGGCAUGCACAAGGAAUGCACAAUCUAGAAUCAGAGAAAAGUCGAGAUCCAUUAACAUCCUUUGAGUAUUUUGAUGCUCAACUCUCCUCUCAGGGCUGGCAGCAGGUUCGGCAGAAGCGGAAAGAUGUGUGUGCCAAUGGACUGCUUAAAAGGAUUGAGUUAGUCAUCACUUCCCCUAUGUCAAGGACAUUGCAAACGGCGGUCGGAAUAUUUCAUGGUGAAGACCAACCAGAACUGUCAGAUGUCACUUCAUAUGAGGAAGGAAAUGGGAGGAUUAGUGAUAAUGAUCAGCAACCAACUUUCAAUCGCCCACCAAUUAUAGCACUUGAAGUUUGUCGUGAACGAUUGGGAAAAUACGAAUGCGACAAGAGAGGAACUAUCAGCCAUUAUCGGUCUCAUUUCCCCGCGGUUGAUUUUUCAUUGAUCGAAAAUGAAGACGACAUUUUAUGGGAAGCAAAUAAAAGAGAGCCCUUCGGAGAUGUACUAGCUAGGGGAAUGAAGUUUAUCAAUUGGUUGUGGACAAGGAAAGAGACAGAGAUAGCAGUGGUGAGCCAUGGUGUGUUUUUGCAGGAAGCUUUUGAACUUAUUAAUACUAAUAAGUAUCGGGCCUUAAACGUUCGAGCCCCCGGUCAGUAUACAAUUAAAUUAAAGUUCAUCAACUAUUUAAUAAUGCUAAUUUAA